AUGGAUACUUACACCACCGCAUCGCAGGGCCCUGGGCUUCAGUCACACAGCAGCCAACGCUCUCGCGGGCCGCGAGUCGCGGCCGUCGGCGCAUCCAUCGCGCUGGUGGUCGUAUACUUCUUCUUCGCCUGGCUGAGCGACCACACGAGCCAGCGCGGCCUGACAGUCAUUCAUGCUCAAGCCUGCUUCCUGCUCACGCUGAUCGUAGCGCGGCAAGUGCAGCACCUGGACGGUCUUGGUCGCCGGACUCGCUGGGGCCUGUGGACGCUCGGGAAUUCGUUUGCGGUCGGGUACCAUCCCGUACAUAACUCAUGGGGUGCAACUGAACUGUCGCGAGCCGGUAAACGAAGCAUCACUAUCGCCAUGUUUGUGAUGAGUGCCAUGAGUGGGUUGAUGGUGGAACGCGGUAACUACUUCCAAGGCGACGGACGAUGCUCCAUCGUAAGUUGA